UUCUCCGUCCUUGUCGCUCGUUCGUUCGUCUUCCUUAGCCAACCGCUGCCACCUUCGCCACCAUAUAGCCAGCAUCAUCGUCACCACCAUCCGUCCGACACACCGUGCCUACGUAUACCUACGUAGUAUGCACGGUAUACUUGGGACGAGCGUGCAUCGCUCAACAACCAACCGACCGACCAACCGAUGCUUGUAUGCGUAAUGUAUGUACGUUGCGCGCUGCGCGCACCAAGCCGUAGUGGGGGAUGCGACGUACGGGGGGAGAAGGCGACCGGUGGGGGGUAGCGGCGAUGCUACGCGACCCCAAGCUCAGUCGUUGCGCGACCCUCGUCGAGUGUGUUUGCGUUAACGUUUUCCGUGAGUUCGAGUUUUUUUUUUUUAACGCCACUUCGGUUACGUCUCUGUCGCAAAGUGUUCUUAUUCUCAAAUCAAACUCCGUCCUCCGGUAUUCAACGUUCGUUCACACGUUUUUUUCCCGUACCUGUUGUCGACGAUCGUCUCCUCUUCUCCCGUUUCUUGACACAUUUUUCCAUUUUAUUUUUGUCCCGCUUUCCCUCCUUUCAUCGCGUGUCCGUUGCUACUAUUUUUGCAUCGGCCAAUCGUCUGUCGCAAAAACGGACGGGGGAAAGUGACGUUCUUCCAGGUGCGAAGUAAUACGGUCGGUACGAUCGAGCAACGAAGGAGAUUAUUCGCACCGAAGUGCACGAGAACGUGUGCCUAGAUAUUUAGGUAUCGGACCAUACGUGCAAGCCUCGAACAAAGGAGUGCCUUCGGACGGACGGUUGCGACGUGGCGUUUUGAAAUCGCGCGCAAACCUUCCUUUUUCGUCCGUUUCGCGAAACGGACGGAUGCCCGCGAUGGAAAUCAGCGUGCGAGCCUCGCCGUUCUUCGCCUAUACAGAAUGCCGCCGUUGAACGCUUGAGAAAUCUCUCCCGGAGUGAGGAAUUACCGUGCGACGAUGGGAUACUGCUCUUUUCACUCGGCGGAUCUACCUUGCCGGUAGUCGUGAUUGUUCGUACAUCGCGGGUGCAUCGAGUGCAUGAGGAAGACACGAUCGCCUCAGGGAGGAAUCACGACCGAUGAAGCUUAUCAUCUCCGUUCCAACGAUUUCGACGAAGGGAGAGAGAUACAGUGAGAAGAAAAGGUGUGACAGUGAGACGAGUGAUCGAAUAGAACGAAUAUACGGAUAUGAUAGGUGCAGUGAGUCGUUGGGUGUGUUGGCGAGCGUGAUCGAGGAGAUCGAUGCGAUCAUCGAUGCCGCGUGCUGGCAAAAUUCGCGCAGCGUCGUCGUCAUCGUCGAUACUCGGUGAAAGUCGGUGCAACGCGGAACUCUGUCCUCCAACGCGAAUGGAGCCGCGCAAUUUGCGUGUCUCGUUGUUCCGUUCCACUCGAACUGUUCGUGGAAUUCGUUUUGCCGAUAGAAUGGAUAGGAUUCGAUCGUCGAGAACUACGACGAUUAUCGCCGUUACUUCGCUGCUGUUGCUGCUGCAUCCCGCAGCGGCACAGGGUCGCGUGGAGGAGACGCAGAUGGACACGCACGAGGGGUCGACGGUACAGCUGCAGUGCCGUUUCUCCCCGCCCCGGGAAAACGUAACGUGCUUCUGGUUGACGCACACGAACGAUAAUCACGACAACGCCGCGAUCGACAAUCUCUCGUUAUCGCCCCAGUACAAGGUGUUUAUGAAUCUGGAGGAGGGUCGCUACGACCUUCAGAUAAGAAACGUCUCGUACGAGAGGGACAACGGCAAGUACGAGUGUCGGGUGAAGGCGAGCGGAACGGGGCACGACCUGCAUCGAAAGUUCAUCACUCUGACCGUGCUCAGGGCGCCGGGGCCGCCCACCAUAUCCCCGACCUCGGCCUCCGCGACGGAGGGCCAGAAGCUCGAGUUGCAGUGCAACACGAACGGCGGCAGCCCCGAGCCCGAGGUAAGGUGGUACCGCGGCAACGAGACGGCCGUCCUCCACUCGGGCAGGGCGCUGACGGUCGAGCCGAAGAAGGAGGACGACAGGGCGACGUUCCGUUGCGUGGUGAGGAAUCGCGCGAUGCGCGAGGGCGAGACGUUGAACGCCACGGUCACCCUCGACGUGAAUUAUUUCCCCCGGGUCACCGUCGGCCCCGAGAACCCUCUCAAGGUGGAGGUGAACGGGACGGCGAACCUCGAGUGCCGCGUCGACUCGAAACCUGCGGUGGGCAUGGUGAGGUGGUGGAGGGACGGCAGCUUCGUGGCGACCAGCUUUCAACACACGAUACGAAGGGUUGCCGUCCAGGACGCCGGCAAGUACACCUGCCAGGCGGACAACGGCCUCGGCAAGAGGGGGGAGAGCUCCCUCCUGUUGGACGUGCUCUAUCCGCCCACCGUCUCGAUAGAGGGCGACCCCCUGAGGAUCGCCGAGGUCGAGGACACGGUCACCGUCCACUGCAACGUCACGGCCAAUCCCCCGCCCUCCGUGAUCGAGUGGCUGCGCGACGGCCGCCCCGAUUUUCGACAGCUCGGCUCGAUCCUCCGCUUGAGCCGCGUCACCGCCGACCACGCGGCCAAUUACACUUGCCGCGCCGUGAACACGAUCCACCCGUCGGGCGGCGAGCGGCGCAACUACUCGGCCACCGCGCGGCUCACCGUCCGCGUCAGGCACAAACCUGGCCCCGCGAGGGUCACCCCCGACUCCCCCGUGGCCGUGGAGGGAUCCAAGGUGAUUCUCACGUGCAUGGCGAGCCCUGCCGGCUACCCGGAGCCUAGGUACAAGUGGUGGAAGGAGGGCGAGUCCGGCACAACGUCGAUGCCCUCGGUCAACGUGGGCCCCAAAUACGAGAUCGACUCGGUCCACUUGGGCAGCGAGGGAACGUACAAGUGUCACGCGACCAACGAGAUCGGGAACGGCGAGGCGGCAUCCGUCAACCUCACCGUCCACCAACCGCCCAAGAUACUCACCAAGUUGCAACCGCACGUCACCAGGAAGGUGGGCGAGUCCUCGUUUCAAGUGUCGUGCGUCGCCCAAGGGAAGCCCCGUCCGAGCGUACGAUGGUUGAAGGACGACCAAGAGUUGACCGCGGACGAGAGGCUGUACAAGGUGACUACCAGCGCGUCGGAGGGCCACGGGAACGUGAUCACGGUGAACUCGACGCUGAGCUUCUUGGGCCACGCUAGGCCGCAGACGGACGAGAUCGUGGCGAGCGAUCGGGGCAAGUACACGUGCGUGUUCGUGAACGAGGUGAAGAAGGUGGAGUCGACGAUGAUGCUGAAGGUGGAGCACGAGCCCAUCGCGUUGCACCAGCACGGAAAGGUCGCGUACAACUUGAGGGAGACGGCCGAGGUUGCGUGCAAGGUUCAAGCGUGGCCGAAGCCCGAGUUCCAGUGGAGCUUCGGUACCAACGCCGCCAGCCUCCAAGGCUCUUCGAGCGACGGCCACUACGAGAUCUCGACCACCAGCGACAAUUACGACGUGUACACCUCCGUCCUCAGGAUAACCAACAUCCGGGAGUUGGAUUACGGGGAUUACAGUUGCAGGGCGGCCAACGCCCAGGGCAGCAUCACCUCGACCAUCAGGCUCCAGCCGAAGGGGGCCCCCGAGAGGCCCAUCAACAUCACCGCGAUGGACAUCGGCCCGACCCACGUCGCCCUCCUCUGGGAGCUCGGCUUCGACGGCGGCCUGCCCAUCACCAAGUACUUCGUCUCGUACAGGAGGGUGCCGGGUGCCGGCGACGAGAUCGUGGCGCCCGACUGCGCCGUGCCGAGGCCGCCCGCCGGCCAAUGGCUCGAGCUCGACUGCCGCCGCUCCAACCCCUGCAACGUGACCAACCUCGAGCAGCACCAGACGUACACGUUCAAGGUGAAGGUGUACAACACCAAGAACCACUCGGAUUACUCGGACGAGGUGACGGCGACCACCGCCGUGGCAAGGAUCCCGGCCCCGUUGAGGGUCAGCUACGACCCGGAGAGCGGCAUGUUGGCGAUCGGGGUGGGGGCCACCUGCCUCUCGCUCGUCGCCUCGAUCGAGAAGUUGGACGGGCCGUCGACCGCCUCCGUCGACGAGUCCCAGUGGAGGAUCCUCGACGAGUGGCCGCUCGAGGUGUUGGGCAGCGCGCCCACCCAGAGGGAGGGGGUCCUCGACGACCCGGAGUCCCUGGACGCGAACGAGCCCAGGCUAAGGGUCAGGCUGUGUCUGAAGGCGGACAGGCAGAAGUGCGGCGAGUACGGGGAGGCUAAGAUCGGCCCGUCGUACAUCGCCCAGGCCGGCGCACUCGCCACGCCAACCUUGAUCGCUCUGGUGGUGAGCGGUGCCGUGUUCCUGUUGUUCGCCGCCCUGCUCUUGCUCUUUUGCCGCUGUCGUCGAAAACACGCGACCAAAGCCAAGGACUACGAGAUGGACUCGAACGCGGUACGGCCGAGCCUCGUAGCAGGAAACGGGCAGCAGAGCCAGGCACCGCCGCCCUACUACGCGGAGAACAAAGCGUUGGAGCACAGCUUGGAUCACGCUCUGGCCAUGGAGGACUCCAAGACCCCAGCUUACUCGCAACCCGGCUACGGAUACCAUCAACCGAACCACAACAUCAACGGCGUGAACAUGGGCUACAUGGACAACAGCUACUCGAACUCGAAUAACGGGGGCUCGGUGAACUCGCAGGACUCGAUCUGGCAGAUGAAGUCGGCCGCAGCGAACGGGGUCGGCCAACCCUACGACCUGGCCGGAUACGCGACCACCGAGUCGGAUUACCCGACCCACCCUCAUUACCUCCCCCAGAGGGAGGAUUAUAGGGAGAGCCAUAAUCUAAGUCGACAGCAGUUUUGCUCGGAACCAUUCGCCACCGUCGUAAAGUCUCAAAAACACGUCGAUUCGCCUUACGACGUGUCCGGUCUACCCUAUCAGGAGAACUACGACGAGGACGCGAAGCCGCCGCAGCAGGUCAGCCUGUCGUACGACGAGAGCCUGGAAUCGGGAUACUCGACCCCGAACAGCCGGGGGCGGCGGAUCAUCCGCGAGAUAAUCGUUUGAGAUCUG